CUGGGGGCUGUGAAGAAUAUAAAAGACCGUGAUUACUACCACCGGGUUCAGUUAGUAAGUUUGGUUGCUAGAAUUUAUAAUAUAAAAAUGGUUGUUAACUUUAAAGUAUUCAAAAAGUGCUCACCCAACGGCAAACUCGCGCUGUAUUUAGGCAAACGUGACUUUAUCGAUUACCUAUCAGGAACUGAGCCGAUAGACGGCGUUUUGUUGGUCGACCAGGACUACGUGAACAGCGGUCGCCGGAUAUGGGGCCAGCUGGUGUGUAGUUUUCGGUACGGCCGCGAAGAAGACGAAGUAAUGGGCCUGAAUUUCCAGAAGAAUUUAUUCAUGGCUUCAGAAGAACUUUACCCAGCUGCUGAAAAAAAAUCUAAUGUUAAUUUGACAAAAUUGCAAGAAAGGUUGAUUAAAAAAUUGGGACCUAACGCAGUAGCAUUUAAUUUUACAUUCCCACAGUGUUCUCCAGCAAGCGUGACUCUCCAGCAGGGAGCUGGAGAGUCCGGAGAGCCUUGUGGUGUCAGUUAUUACGUCAAAAUAUUUGCUGGGGAAAAUGAAACUGAUGUAAAUCAUAAGAGAAGUACUAUUUGUUUGGGUAUAAGAAAAGUUCAAUUCGCACCUACUAAACAAGGACGUCAGCCUUGCACUGUAGUGAGAAAAGACUUCUUACUAAGCCCGGGAGAGCUUGAGCUAGAAGUGACUCUUGAUAAGCAGAUUUACCACCACGGUGAGAGCAUCGCUGUCAAUAUUUGCGUCAGAAAUAACAGCAAUAAGGUUGUUAAGAAGAUCAAAGCUCUGGUCCAGCAGGGCAUUGAUGUGGUCAUCUUCCAAAAUGGCCAGUUUAGAACUGUGAUUGAUGCUAUUGAGAUGCAAGACGGCUGCCCGAUCAGUCCUGGGUCCACUCUGCAGAAGGUGAUCUAUUUGAAGCCAGAGUUGGAGAAUAAUAAACACAGAAGGGGAAUUGCGCUUGAUGGGAGACUCAAGCGAGAAGAAGAUGAGCUGGCUUCCAGCACUCUUAUUACCACUCCUGAUGUCAGGGAUUCUUUUGGGAUCAUCGUUUCUUAUGCUGUCAAGGUCAAGCUGUACUUGGGGGCUCUCGGGGGAGAACUCUGCGCGGAAUUGCCAUUUAUUUUGAUGCGCCAGAAGUCCAAUGAACGCGUCAAGCUCAUGCCUUCGGAGAGUUUCAAUGUUGAAGAACUGCAAUCAGAUGAAAAAUGUGUCAAAGAAUAAAUAAAUAAAUUAUUUUAUUAAUGUA